AUGCAUCUCAUACUUACUGGAGCCACUGGCCUCGUUGGCUCCAGCGUGCUUGAUGCUAUGCUCAAAUCGAAAGACAUCACCAAGAUUUCAAUCCUGAGCCGCAGGCCAGUGCCGAUGGCAGCAGAUGAUCCCAGAGUCAAUGUCAUCACUCACAAUGACUUUACGAAAUACAGUUCAGAAGUUCUCGAUCAACUGCAAGGCGCCAAAGGUGUAGUCUGGGCAUUGGGUAUUAGCCAGCUCAAAGUGACAAAAGAUGAAUAUGUCACCAUCACCAAAGAUUUCCCUGUUGCUGCCGCGAAAGCCUUCACUAAAAUAUCACCUUCCAACGAGCCUUUCCGUUUCAUAUACGUUUCUGGCCAUGGAGCCACCCUCGAGCCGACUUCGUUUACACCCAUCUUCAGUCGUGUGAAGGGGGAGACUGAGAGGGCGCUUUCUGACUUACGUACGCCGACGAAAUUUCACGUCGAAUCUGUACGUCCUGCCGGCGUAGAUGCCACAAAUCAUGAAGCCAUUAAACCAUACAUUCCCAACCCUGGCAUGCUCUACAAUGCCAUGUAUUUGUUCAUGGGUCCCCUCAUGAGAACCGUACUUCAGUCGAUGCAUAGCCCAACGGAGAAACUUGGCCCUUUUCUCAUGAACAUGGCGAUGGGCAAGUAUGACAAGCAGUUGGAUAUUGGAGGAAACGACAUCUCCAGUAUAAACGGUUCGAGGAUACUGGAAAAUGUUGCGUUCCAAAGGCUGUAUGAGCAAUGA